UUGGGAGAUAGAAAUGUUUCCAAUCACGGAGAUCUAAGUAGAAAUGUUCCCCCAAAUUACUUAGAUUGGAACCACCGUAGAAGGGUUAUUUGUGAAGAACUCCUUGGAUUGAAUCCUGAUAUAAUUUGCCUACAAGAAGUGGACAAGUACUAUGAUCUACCAAACAUUUUGGAGAAAGCUGGAUAUCUCGGUGCCUAUAAGAGACGCACUGUCAGCUCUGUUGAUGGUUGUGCUAUGUUUUGAAAGGUUGAUAAGUUUCAGUUGUUAGAGGGAGAAAGCAUUGAAUUGAGGCAGUAUGGUCUUCGCGAUAAUGUCGCUCAACUCUCUGUUUUUGAGAUGCGUGAAGCCCAGUCAAGGAGACUCGUACUUGGGAACAUUCAUUUGCUAUAUUUUCCAGGCCGCGGAGAUGUUAAGCUUGGUCAGAUUCGCUUUCUUUCGUCAAAGGCUCACAUACUUUCAGAAAAGUGGGACCAUGUACCUAUUGUGCUUGCCGGUGAUUAUAAUAGCACUCCCCAGAGUCCAAUCUACAAAUUCUUGUCAUCAUCUGAGCUCAAUCUAAUGCUACGUAACCGAAAAGAGUUGUCUGGUCAGAGACGAUGCCAUCCCUCUCAAGUUCUUGGUCUUAGAAGAGAAAGGGGGAGUUUGUUUGUUCUAAUGGAUAGAAUGUCCUCCUUGAGUAGAUUCAUGCCAAAGAGCAAUGAUAGACCUUCUAAGCUGAGCAUCAUUGCCAACUACCAACCUGCCCUUCCAUCUCAACUGGUUAUGAAGCCAAGAUUUGAAAAAUAUGAAUUGCUCUUGAAAAUUUUGCUUAAACGAUCUAGAGAACUUGGUGGUUCUGUGGAUCUUCUGGACCAUUAUAAACUUGGGAAACAUCUCGAUUUUUUCUGUAAGAGGUCAUUACCACCCUCUAUAUCUGGGACACAAUACCUCAGGAAUGUGGUGGGGGACACAGAAAUAAAGAAAGGUGAAGGGAUGGAACUCAAUCAGCUGUCCAAAAACUCCUCUUAUGUGAGACACCAACGUGUACACUUGCAUCCUUUUGGCUUGGAUCUUCUCACGGAUGCAUUUCAGCUCAGAGAAGCGACAUCUGCGGAUCAUCUGUUGGAAGGCAUUGUGUUACCUUCAGGUGCACCAAAUUUGAAGAAUGAAUAUAAGGAAAAGAAGCAGCAUAAAAAGAUCAAACACAGAGAUGGGUUGAGGAAACAGGAUCCUAGCAGUUGCAUUGACAAGGAUCACAUGCUAAACAGGGAUAAUGAUAAGGAGAAAAAUGGGAGUACAGAAUUAUGGUCCAGAUUUUUUCCUGAGACAGCAAGUAAAGGUAACACACUUCAAAUGAAUUUUAUGCUUCUUGCCAUGAUCCAGUUGCUUCCUGUCUUCUCCAUGAUCAAUUCUAAGAUAUCAUCUAAUAUUUUUAUGAACUCUUUUAGGAUAAAAAUGUGCAAGUGUGGAAGAUGUUAUGCAAGGACCGUAAAAGGUAGGCAGAAGAUUGAGAUGAAGCUAAUUGAAUAUGAGAUAGCACGAGCAGAUACUUUCUCGAAAAGAAAGGAAACACUGUUCAAGGAUGCAAAAAAACGCAGAAAGUUAAAAGAAGAAACAAAAAGUGUUAUGCUGGCUGAGCUAUACAAGUUUGAUUUAAAUGUGGCCAGAGGAGGACGAGAAUCCCACAUAGCUAUGCACCCUUUAGAGCUAAAUAGUUCUUAUGCGAUUGUGAAAAGAUCUCUAACAACAAGGGAUGACAGUGGUGAACCAAUAGCCACAUCUUACCACUCAAAGUUUCUGGGAACUGUUGAUUAUUUGUGGUAUUCUGAAGGUCUUACACCCACAAAAGUUUUAGAUACUUUACCAGUUAAUGACUUGAAGAAAACAGGUGGUCUUCCCUACAAGAAAUUGGGUAGUGAUCACUUGGCUUUGGUUUCUGAGUUUGAGUUUCUGGAAGUUGUUGGAGACAAGAAAGAAGCAACUGAAGACCGUUUAUCAGUUAAAGAUGACAUUAUUUCUACAGGAAUAUUACAUUUCUUAUGGACAUUUAUGGUAUUUCAACUUACAACUUUUGAUUUUCGACACCUGUUGAUGCAACUGGCUUCCACCUUAUUCCUAUCACCAUUUUUUUGUGAAAGAUUUAUAGCAACAAUGAUAAUCAGUGGCUGGAGUUUCCGUUCCUCUUUUCUCUUUUAUAAUGAGUUGUUGUUCUUCUUUAUACUAUAAUUUUUUUCUAAAUUUUCGUUUUAUCAUUCACAUGGCUCCAUAUUGAAUAAUGCAAAUCCGUAACCUGUACUGUAGGUAAUACGAUUACGGUAAUUCCCAGCAAGUAACUAGCUGGGUUUUCAUUCGCUUUCCUUCUUUCAAAUCAAAUUCCCCCUAUUUGGCUUCAGCUUCUAUUUGACAUAAGUUGUAUUUAUGAGUUCUGCAAAGGUUUACCCUUUCCUUUUUAGUUGUUGAACUGCUUUUAUUUAGCUUUUCAUAUUUAUCGGAUAGUUUCUAGAUGAAUUUUGUACAUGCACAUCACAUGAUUUGUUCAUUGUGUGUGUUUGAUUUUGAAAAUAGUAGAUACAUAGACAACACACAUUUUGGGAUAUGCAAUAGUUUCUGAUUUCCUGUAGGUAAGAUGGUAUUUGAAGGUAAAUGGGUUCUUCAAAGGUCCCUAUUGAGGAUGAAAUAAGUAAUCCUCAAAAAUUGAAAAUACCGAAUCAUAGUUCUCUGUGCUCUAUGGUAUACAUGUAUUCCUGCUUGCAUAUGACUAGACGAGCUCUGACGAGCAAGAAGGGGUAUGCCCUAAGAAGCAACAAUGUACAAGCAGCUAAUGUACCCUUGUUUUCCAAAGUAUUUAAUGUACAAUUACAUCUGUUGGUGCUCUUAAAGGAUAUCUAUGAAAAAAAAAGUUCAAUAUUUCGUGGAGUUCUAUUCUUUAUUUAUCAAUUAUCUUUUAGGUAAAAAAUCAUCGUUUUUUCGAUUAAAUUUCAGGUUGAGGUUUCUAAUGCUAUCACUGUUCUGAAAGCAUAUAUUAGUGAUGCUACCCUAUAUACAAAUAAGUUGUUUCCGCAGAAGGUAUCUUUAGCUGCUUCUCCUUGAUGUGUUUCCUUAAAUUUCAAAGAACUUUCUUUUACUGCUACUAAUCCUCUUGGAGAUACAUCUGUCCAUGAUUUCCAUCUUUCUGAAAUAAUUUUAUGAUGUUAGAAGAGAGGGCACAUGACAAACUUUGUUCAUACUAGUCUUGAUUUUAUAUACCUUUUAUGUUCUUCCAAAUUUCACUUGUGUUAAUUUAACUAUUUUUAUGAGGAGGAAUCAUAUUUGAUUAAAUGACCUGAUUGUUAUUGUCAUCAUCACCUUAUAAUACACCAUAACUUUGAUAAGUUUAUAGGCUCAACUAUCCAAGUAAAAGAAGUAGAUAUUAAAAGAAGAUGAAGGGAAAAAAACUACAUAUAAUUUGAAGCUUAAAGGGUACCCAUAGGAUAAAGAAUUACCAAAAAUUGUUAGUUAGAUAAGGGUAAAUUUUAAAAUCCACAAUUGGUUAAUAGUAGCAGUGCAGGAGCCGUAAUAUGUAAUAUGUAAUUUGAUGAGUUCCUGAAACAAGAUGUUAGCAAUCCCUUGCAGAUUCUGAUUUGUGGCCCAUCUUACCCUUAUUGUUAGUUGUAGCAUGACUUUUAUUCUUUAUAAAGUAACAGUCAAAACUAUGAGUGGGAGUUCUCACAUGUAAUUAUAUAUAUGAAGUUCUUGGUUUUAUCAGAAAAUUGAGAAAGCCUUGCACACGAUUGCUUCAAAGAAAAAAGGAAGGAAAGAGGAAAUCUCACUCUUAUUGUGUGUUUAGUUAAAGUCUUGUGAGUUCUCCUGUGGUUUGUUGUACCUUUUCAUUUGGUUCUUUUCUUCCUGCAAGUGGAAAAGCUGCACUGUUUUUUGAGCAUUCUGCUACAACUUGAGGUGCUCUGAGGCUAUCUCGAAGUUCGUUCAUUCUUGCACUUCUAUACAGUCUCUCUGGGUGGUUCUGUGCUUUUGUUGAGCAGUUUUUGUUCCCCUUGUUUUCUUUUUGUAACGAUAUAAAAAUGCGAUUUUCUAUGAUGUUUAAUUUGCUACUACUUGAGGAUUUCUUAGUAAAAACCUGUAUUCUAUUCA